GGCCGGGCCAUGGGCGCCGGGGGCAGAGGCGGCAGCGGCCGCGGAGGCGGCAGAGGCUGCCCGGGCGGCGGCGGGGGCUGGCGGCGCGGGACGCGGGCCGGGUAGCGCUGGGCCGAGCGCGGAGCCAUGGGCCGGGCUGGCACCGGGACCGGGGGCGAGGCAGUGGCCGCGGUGGUGGCGGGGCCGCUGCUGCUGCUGCUGCUCGCCCGGCCCCCGCCUGCCUCCGCCCGCGACAGCGGGAAGAGCGAGGUGGGGCUGGUGUCCGAGCACUUCUCGCAGGCCCCGCAGAGGCUGUCCUUCUACAGCUGGUACGGCAGUGCCAGGCUCUUCCGCUUCCGCGUGCCCCCGGACACUGUGCUUCUGCGCUGGCUGCUGCAGGUCUCCCGGGAGGGCGGCACCGCCUGCACCGACGCAGAGAUCACCGUGCACUUCCGUUCCGGCGCUCCUCCCGUCAUCAACCCACUGGGCACCAGCUUCCCAGAUGACACCUCGGUGCAGCCCUCCUUCCAGGUCAGGGUGCCGCUGAGCGCUGCACCGCUAAGCAAUGCCUCUGUCAACGUUUCCCACCCAGCCCCCGGGGACUGGUUCGUGGCCGCCCACCUGCCCCCGUCAUCCCAGAAGAUCGAGUUGAAGGGCUUGGCUCCCACCUGUGCCUACGUCUUCCAGCCUGACCUGCUGGUCACACGGGUGGUCGAGAUUUCAGUCAUGGAGCCGGAUGUGCCCGUUCCACACACUCUCCUCUCCCACCCCAGCUACCUCAAGGUCUUUGUCCCCGAUUACACGCGGGAGCUUCUGCUGGAGCUGCGGGACUGUGUGUCCAGCGGGAGCCUGGGUUGCCCUGUGCGUCUCACCGUGGGCCCGGUCACCCUGCCUAGCAACUUCCAGAAGGUGCUCACCUGCACCAGUGCCCCCUGGCCCUGUCGCCUGCUGCUGCCCUCACCGCCUUGGGACCGGUGGCUGCAAGUGACAGCUGAGAGCCUGGUGGGGCCCCUCGGGACAGUGACUUUCAGUGCUGUAGCUGCCCUCACAGCUUGCAGGCCACAGAGUGUAGCCAUCCAGCCCCUUUUGCAGAGCAGCCAAAACCAGAGCUUCAAUGCCUCCACUGGUCUGCCCUCCCUGAGCCCCGACCACCAGGAUCUGGGCAGGAGUGGCAGCGUGGGCCGCAGCCCCUUCUGCCUCACAAACUACCCAGUCAUGCGGGAGGACGUGGACGUGGUGUCCGUGCACUUCCAGCUCCUGGACAGGGUCUCGGUGAGGGUGUGUCCAAACACACCGUCCAUGAUGCGACUGCGCCUGAACACCGGCAUGGACAGCGGGGGCUCCCUCACCAUCUCCCUGCAGGCCAACAAGACAGAGAUGCAGAAUGAGACCGUCAUAGUGGCCUGUGUGAAUGCUGCCUCACCCUUCCUUGGCUUCAACAGUUCGCUCAACUGCACCACAGGUAUGAUGGGCAGGCGUCACCAUCAGCGUGGCCCCUGCCAGCUCCCGACCCGGCCUCCUCUGAUGGGGCCCUCUGGCUCCCCUGCAGCCUUCUUCCAGGGCUACCCCUUGUCUCUGAGCGCCUGGUCUCUCAGGGCCAACCUCAUCAUCCCCUACCCAGAGACAGACAACUGGUACCUCUCUCUGCAGCUCAUGUGCCCUGAGAACGCUGAGGAGUGUGAGCAGGCUGUGGUCCAUGUGGAGACCACCUUGUACCUGGUGCCCUGUUUGAACGAUUGUGGACCCUACGGCCAGUGCCUCCUGCUCCGCAGACACAGCUACCUGUAUGCCGGCUGCAGCUGCAAGGCAGGCUGGCGUGGGUGGAGCUGCACGGACAACAGCACAGCCCAGACGGUGGCCCAGCAGAGGGCAGCCGCACUGCUGCUCACGCUCAGCAACCUCAUGUUCCUGGCCCCCAUCACCGUCUCAGUGCAGCGAUUCUUCCUGGUUGAGGCCUCCGUCUACGCCUACACCAUGUUCUUCUCCACGUUCUACCACGCCUGCGACCAGCCCGGGGAGGCGGUGCUGUGUAUCCUCAACUACGACACGCUGCAGUACUGCGACUUCCUGGGCUCCGGGGCGGCCAUCUGGGUCACCAUCCUGUGCAUGGCGCGGCUCAAGGCAGUCCUGAAAUACGUGCUGUUUCUUCUGGGCACACUGGUCAUCGCCAUGUCCUUGCAGCUGGACCGCAGGGGCAUCUGGAACAUGCUGGGGCCCUGCCUCUUUGCCUUCGUGAUCAUGGCCUCCACGUGGACCUACCGCUGCGGGCACCGGCGCCAGUGCUACCCCACCUCGUGGCAGCGCUGGGCCUUCUACCUCCUGCCCGGCAUCUCCAUGGCGUCCGUGGGCGUUGCCAUCUAUACCUCCAUGAUGACCAGCGACAACUACUACUACACCCACAGCAUCUGGCACGUCCUGCUGGCCGGGAGCGCAGCCUUGCUGCUGCCGCCACCUGAUGAGCACGCUGAGCCCUGGGCCUGCUCGCAGAAAUUCCCCUGCCACUAUCAGAUCUGCAAGAACGAUCGGGAGGAACUGUACACCGUGACGUGACACCAGCCUGGGGACAGCUGCUGCUCUGAUGACCUCUUCAGCCAGGAGCUGCAUCGAGGGGGAGGCACGUGGUUCAGCCCUGGACAGAUUGAUUUCCAGCUGAAUAAAAUUGGCCUGGGUACCCUCUCACUUCCUCCUACUGAGGAGAGGGCCACCCCUCCUCACACGCACCUCUCCCCGCCAGCUGCCUGCUGGCUGAGGUCCCUCUGCAGAUCCCAGCUGCUGUCUGCAGUGGCCCCUGGGGCCUGGGCUUGGUUACCUGGAGACCACAGGUGCCUGUGCGAGGAUGGGGCUGUGUGCUCCGCUGGCCUGCGGGUGGCUAGAGAUGGGGUGAAGGACUCCCUAUGGUCCUGUUCCCUGGUGAGGCUGUGGUAAGAGACCCAUGGAGCCCAGGAACCCUGAGCCCACCACUGGAGCUGGGAGCUGUGAACUCUGAGACCCCUGCUCCUGGCCCCUAUGUGGCCCUGAUGCCAGCCUGCCUGAGGCAUGGAGGAUCCCCCUCUGCUGCUGUGGUCAUCAUAGGGACUGGACACUAAGGUCUCCACCAAAGCUGAUGGGCGCUGGGGAUGCAGGCUUCCGCCCCGCCUUUCCCUUUUUCUUGGCUCUGAAGCCUUGGGUCCCUGAGAAGAGUCUCCUGGGACUGGUGUGCUCUGCUGCUCUGGGGAUUUGGCCCACAAGGAACCCCUACGCAGCCCAGUCCACCCACCCCAGCGUUCCUGGGCCUCCCUCUGGGAGCUUUCUCUGGGUCCCAGGAGCUGUGGUGGUGUCUGCCCCCUGCACUGGGCUGUCUGUGCCCUGCGGGUGUUCAGGAGACUGGGCUGUCUCUGCUCCUCAUGCAAGCCUUGUGGGGGAAGCAAUGACUAGGAGCAGCACCUGGCCCCUCCCUGAGGCCUGUGAGUGUUGGAUCCACCCUGGGGAAGUGGACGGCUGAGACCCGGGUGGGGUCCUCCUACACUUGGCUCUGGGGGCUUCCUUUCUGGGUCUUGUCCGGGGUGUGGCUUUCCUGAGGGUCUUACCUCCCCCAGCCACCCUGCCUUUGACCACCAAAGCAAUCUCUAAGCUUAUAAAAGAGAAAUAUGUAUAUAUGGGGUGUUUUGGAGUAAAAGGAAAUUCUAAGACAUUAAGACAUAUUUUUAUGUAGAUCUGAUUUAUCUGUGAUUGGUGAAUUUAAUAUUCUACAGUGAUUUUUCAAACUAAA